AAUACCAUACAUCCCAUAUUUUCUCGUAUUAAUAAAACUAAUAUCACAUUAAGGGACUACAGAGUUAGCAAAACACAACAACAAUAAAAUCAUGUCUCUGCUGGAGCAAUAUGAAAAGCAAUACUCCAUACUUAUUGCUGAAAUAACAAGUCAAAUUGGACGUCUCUCACUCACAAACGAACGCAAAGAGCUAUGCUCGAAAAUAGACAGCAGUCUUACAGAGGCCCAGGAAUUGCUAGAACAAAUUCAAUUGGAAAUACGGGAUUUAAAUGCUGCCCAAAGAACAACGGCCACAAGUAAAUUGAAUUGUGCUCAAGUCGAAUUGAAGCGUUUGCAAGGGGAAUACACCAAGGCUAAAGAGAACAGCAAGAAGAAGCAGAAUCCUUUGGAUUAUCAGGCGGCAGCAGGUGAUUACGAUGACUAUGAGGAUGUGGCCAUUAGUAAUGAUCAACGACAAAGACUAUUGGAUAACUCUGAAACCAUAGAGAGAACUGGUAAUCGUCUGCAAGAGGGCUAUCGUGUAGUCAUCGAGACAGAAACAAUGGGCGCCCAAAUAUUAAGUGAUUUGCAUCAGCAACGAGAAACCAUACAGAACUCAAGGGCUCGCCUAAGGGAAACAAACGCCGAACUGGGUAGAGCCUCCAGAACUUUGAAUACCAUGAUGUUAAGGGCAUUGAGGGAAAAAGCAGUACUCUAUGUGGUGGGCGGUGUCUUUGGUGUGGCUGUUGUUGUAAGUUUGUAUUUAACGUUUUCUUCGCCUACAACAGCCACAAAUUCCUAAAUACCCAGACCUACUAAAAAAAACGUCAACGAGCUAAUAAUAGACGUAAAUGCUGACUUUGUUUCUUGUUGCAUAUUUAGUGUACUACUUUUUAUUAAUUUAUGUGUAUUUUUAAGAACAUUCCGUGUUGUUUUUUUUUCUAUUGGUUAAACACAAUAUUUCUAGUUAUAGUUGAUGAAAAUAAACAUAUAUUCGUAAUAUAAGAUUAGCACAUAUAGGUAAUAUAAGUCCAUAAAAUGCUUCGUUUACCCAGCCUAAAUCUAAAGGGGAAAAUAUGCUACGUUACAUAAAUAAAUAGCAUGUAGCAAUUGAUUUAAACAUUUCUAGUCACUUCACAUUUGGCAAUGACCAAAAUCUUCAUUUACUUGUUGAAAAAAUUUUACACAAAAUUUCAUUUCAAACGUUAAACAAAUCGAGUAGUGUAAGCAUGUAAUGGAACUAACUUAUCGAUAUGCAUUCGUAGGUUCUUACUUUUCCAAACCUAUGUAUGUAAUCUAAUUCAUUAAAUAAACUAUAUUAAAAUCUGUAAAAAACGGUCUUAUAUGCAAAUAGUUUAUUGAUGAUAACAGAUUGUCAUUGACAGAAACAAUGAUAAGAAUGUAUAACCCACUACAGAUAUCCCAAUUUCGUGAUGUUAUUAACAUCCAUCUCAAUAGCAUUCGAAUAAAAAAUGUUAUCGUCCUGAAA